AACAGACAAAGCAAGAAACAAAAACCAAAGAGCACAUUGUAGAUUAGCCUUUGUGCAAAAUUUGAAAAAAAUAAUUAUUUUACAUUAAAAAUUUUUUUAAUUUGAGAAAAAUAUCUUAUUACAAAUAUUUCAUCGUUGAUGUGUGGUUGAUAAAUUAGUUGUUGGUGAGGAUAAGCAUUUAAAGGUGACUGAAGCAGUUUAGUCGGUCGACAGUUACACGAAAGAUUUUUGCCACGAUGAAUCGUUGGGUAGGAAAAAUUGCGAUGAUUACUGGCGCAAGUGCCGGAAUAGGUAUGCAGAUCACACGAGAACUUGCAAAGAAUGGAAUGAAAGUGAUUGCUGUGGCAAGAAGACUGGAAAAGCUGAACAGAUUGGCAGAAAGUAUCAAACUUGAGCUUAAAGCUGAAAUAUAUACGAUGCAAUGCAACGUCCGACAAGAAGAGGAUAUCCUCAAAGUGUUUAAAUGGGCGGAGGAAAAAUUAGGCGGUAUUGACGUAAUGAUCAAUAACGCCGGCGUGCUUUCAUUCGAAUCGAUUAUAGAGGGAUCGACAGAGACAUAUCACGAAAUUAUGGAUGUGAAUGUGAUUGCAUCAGCAAUCUGUUCGCGGGAAUUAGUGCAGUCCGUCAAAAGGCGAAAAGCAUCGGGUCAGAUCAUUAAUAUUAAUAGUGUAGCAGGACAUAACGCUGAAGCAUUUACUAUGCCAGUUAGUGUAUAUUGCGCUAGUAAGUUUGCCAUCACUGGCAUGGCAGCAAGUCUACGUAAUGAAGUGAAAAAUGCAAAUCUUGAUGUAAAAGUCACGAACAUCAGCCCUAGUGGGGUAAGAACACCUAUGUUAACGGAAAGUGUUUUAUCUGACGCGAUCUCGAAAGAUCUUUGGCCAGUCCUGGAAACCGAGGAUGUUGCAGAAGCAGUUAUCUAUGUACUGAGUAGUCCGUCUUACGUACAGGUAUCAGAACUUAUACUUACGAGGAUACACGACACCGUAUUCACUGUGGAGAAUGUUAAACGGUUCACAACGGAAUAAUAGAUAUGCAACGUUUAAAAUAAAUAAAACUUUUUGAAUAUUUUUCUGAAUUCGUUUUCUUAUAAAAUAAACAAAGUCGAAAGAAAUUUUUAUUUUCCAUCAAUUUUUCGAAUUAAAAAAAUAAAAUAGGAAAAAAUAGAAAUUUUUAUAUUCACAUAUAAAUUUUUCGACAGUUGUUAUAACGUAUUCUAUUCACUGUAAAAAAACUAAAACGAAUACAAGCUAAUAUGUAUACA